UGCAAGAGUGCCGUGAAAGCGUGCGACAUCUCGUCGCGAUCCUGACGUUUCGCUUUCGAGGUUUACGACGCGCGCGGGUCUAGGGCGGCGCUGGCCGUUUCGUCGCGGCCUCCUGCGAUAUUCGGGCCGGAUAAUGUGUCAAUCGCGAAGUUGCCCAAGAAAUUAUUAAUAACCGAAAGUUGCGUGGUGAAAUCGAGGCGCGCAAUUUUGGUCCCGAAAUUACGGCUUUGGUAAUUUUACGUCUUCUAAUUAGAAAAAGGAACGCGCAUCGUAGAAAAGUGGAUCGGUCGAAUCGGCUGGCGGAAGAUGGACCACUGUGAGGUUGUGGUUUUGGAUCGGUCGUUCUGUCUGGGAUAGACUAGGAGAUUCAAUCCCGUCGAAACUAUGCUGAGGUACACGACCGAGCAGCUGGCAUCGCUGGUAGCUCUGCCGGUCAUCAUCAUACUGCUGUGCUGGACCAUUGCAAUCUUCCACAAGAACCGUCGACGUUGGGGACCCUACGACAUACCCAUCGUGUCAAUCUUGGUGCUGAGCGUCUUAAGGAAUCUGACCAUACUCGGCUACACUCUGGCCAUAAUUUUCAACAACGAAGACUUCGACACGGAGUACUGCAGCGCCGUCACGUGGAUCUUCAACUCGAUCCACACGUUCCAAGCGUCGAGCUUGACGUCCAUCGCGGUAAUUGGUCUGUUUUCCGCCAACCUUCAUCGCAAAAACCAAAACCUGAGGAAUUUCUUAACGUCCUCGCACAUAAUCUACCAUUUGUUUUGCUUGACGACUUUGUGCGCUUGCGUCGGAGUGGCCGCCAUUUUGGCACAGAAAGACGGCGGAUUGGGCAACGUUUUCGCCGAGACGUUCAACAUAAGCCCGUGCAACUUUUUACCGUUCGAGCUGAACAUUAAAUUCAACAUCUUCAUCAUAGUUUUGCACGUUUUCCUGGCUGUGAUAUCGCUCGCGUCCUUGGCGAUCGUUUGCUACAAUUACUGCACGCUCAAGAAGGACGGCUUCGACUAUAUAAAGAAGAGCAACUCGGAUCUUAGCGAGUUGAGCAACAAUUAUCACGGCAUCAACACCAACGUGUCGGAAAACAGAAACUAUUACGACACGUACACGAUUCACCGAGUGGACAACAACAAUUACUGCCACAAAGAUUCGUGGGCCACGAACCAGCUGAACAACAGCGAAGUGCUGUCGAAUAACUCGACAACGGUGAGCUCUACCAACUCGAGGAGACCGUGUAUAGUCAAGCAAAACUCGGAAGAAGACGAUGAGGUCGACAAAAGGAGGACGGGGUUGGAGACGAUGCAUCCGGUGCUGAUCGUGUGCUACCUCUUCUACCACUUGCCGAUGAUUGUUUUAUGUGUCUAUCCCAACCUAAUCCAGCCCUGGCCGGUCGCCGGGAUAGCCCUAUGGCUUGGCCUGGUACAGGACCUACUCAUCCCAAUCGGACUAGGUAUUGUCGAUUCCCGUUUCUGCGGUUGGGUAACGAACGUUUACCGUUGCUCGGGCAAACACACAGAAGAAAAACUUCCUCAAGUGGGUUUAGACGGAAAGUUCCGACCCUUCGGUCUUUUAAGCCAACCUCAAACUCUGGAGGUCCCACAGCAGGAUCGUAAUAAAACUUUCCAAGCUAUCGAACAUCGAUUUCCGAUCACCAACGGCUCCUUGUACACCAGCAUCGACGGACGCCUUCCAGUUAUCCACAACUACCGAAGACAUAAGGAAUUUAGAAUGACUGGAUCCGGGAAACAAGACCUUCAAUCAUCCAACGUGGCAUUACACUCAUCAUACAUAAACAGGCGCGACCUCGACGCGUUGCCACCGGAAAAAUAUCCUUCCUGCUCUAACUGCGAAGCCGACCAAUGCCCGUCUCACUCGGACCUGCACCAUCUGAGCCCACAAUAUGUCAGUAGGAAGCUGAGUUUACUUCAAGCUUCUCAAAACAACAUAUAUCCAAACAACGAGAAACGAAACCUAGAUGGUGGAUACGGGGCCAUGCAGAAUCCUCAAAAUUGCGUUUUCAUGGGCAACAGAAUGCUCCACCACCGUAAUAGUAUUUUGCACAGUUCCAAUGGAAUUUUGGAAAACGCUAACAGACAAAAACACGGGAACAUGGCUAAUAAAAGACUAAGCCAAAGUCAGGAGAGUAUCAAUCAUUUGUUUUAUAGCGAUGGAGGAGUGAAGGGCAACAAAAUGGACCUGUUUAGCCACAAGUCAGAGAUGAACGUGACCAAUUUCAAUCUGGACGACAAUUGCAACAUGAUUCGGAAUUCGAGAAACUUAAUUAGGCUAAACAAGAUGCGGCUCAGUCGAAGCGAAGAUUCGCUUGCGGGCCUCCAAGUAGACCACUUGAAUAUCAUACCGAGUCCACAGAAAUUUAGCGAUGGCCCAAAUCAAAUCCAACGUGAGAAGGUCGACGCCCAACAAUACUCGUCGGACGACGAAGACUGUUUCGUCGAAAACCAACCGACCAAAGAGUACGACUCGUUGAGUUCGUGCAACUCGAUCACCACCGAAGCGAACUGCGACUUUGAGUUCUUUCAGAGCCGCGAAAUCGAUCACUUGGACAUCAAGAACCACGAUCAGCAGUAUUACGAUUACUACGAACAGUCUCAAAUGAGCACUUUUAAGCCGCAACCGAAGCAACAGAUCAACAAGGUGAAGCAAGUCUCCAAUGUCAGAAUUACGAGGACCAAUUCGAAGAGGUCAUUGGAGAAUUUCCAAGCGUACGUGGAGGAAACGUCCAAGGACUUGAAUGACAUCACAAACGAUCGGAAUGUUACCAAAAUCGUGAUUUUGCAACGGUCCAAUUCGUACACGACAUUGGAAGACAGACGGAGAAAGAGGAAAGGGAAAAAAGCUGUCGGCAGAAGCAACUCCAAGUUGGAAGAAAAGAAGAUUAAAUCGGUCGAGUAUUUACCUGAACUAGAUACAACGCAGAUGUAUAGUGCUGACCUGAAGCACAAUAAAGACGAUGAGAGACUUGGCGGGAGCAGUGUGCCGGAUUUUAAGAAAAUUUUCAUUUCCGAAUACAUCUAGGCGGAAACUUAUUUAUUACUAAGGUUUUCAUAUUGAAAAUAUUGAUAUGUGACACUUUUGAAACUUACGAUUGAUUUCAACGUAUGUAAUAUUAGCUUUGUUAUGUAUUAUAGAGAUACUCUUAAAGUGUACAUAGUGUAAAAUAUAUGUUAUUGGUUUAAAGUUGUCCUCAUAGUAUUAUUAUAACCUUAAAGCAAAUAUAAUUUUAUUAAAC